UGAUUGGCCGCUGAAAUGAGAUUGAGCGCCGCGCCGGUGUGCUGGCGGGAAUGGGGGAGUGGGACCGUAAUUGAAUUGGCCACGGCGACGGGAGAGGGUGGGAAAGGCCGGAGUGCGCGUGUCCGGCUGGAGCGGGUUCAGGCAACGGGGCGGAGCCGAGCCGAGCCGGGGUGGAGGGUGGGCUUUGGGACUGGGGUACUUUGUGAGGCGCACACUAUGCGGGUCUGCUUUGCGGAUAUGGUGCAGAUGGGCUCGGGAUCUCUGCGGCUGUUGGCGCUACUCCUGCUACAAGCGGCCGAGCUGAGUGGGCUCUCCCCCGGGCAGCUGCUCCCUCAUGGCGAGUGGGCUGGGGACCAACUGCUGGAGCCCGGGGACGACGCCUCCUCGGAGGCGAUGAGGUUGUCGCAGGCUCUGCAUCUAUUCGAUAGUACUGUGAAGAACUUGUACGUGAACACAAAUGGAAUCAUAGCAAUUAGCAAGCCCCCUAAAGAAGUGAAUUUUGUCGACACAUUCCCACCAAGGUUCGGGUCCAUUGCGCCAUUUCUAGCUGACUUGGACACUUCUGAUGAAGUGGGGAAGGUCUAUUACAGGCAGGACUCCUCUCCACAAAUCUUGAAACACGUUGCACAGAUGAUAAAUCAAGGCUUCAGCGACUUCAGCUUCCAACCUGUUAAUGUUUUCAUUGCCACUUGGGUAAAUGUGAGUGCACACAACGAUUUUCGGCAGGGUGACCAGCAACUGAUUAAGAGAAACACCUUCCAAGUGGCUUUGGCUUCUGAUGAAUCCAGUUCCUACGCUGUCCUUCUGUACCCUGAAGGUGGUUUGCAGUUUUAUUCAACGCGACCCAAAGCAGCAAAUAACAUCGACUUGGACCUGCCAGCUCGUGUGGGCUUCAGCAGUGGGGAAAGAAGCUCCAUUCUGUCUACUCGUGAAGGACCAUCCUAUGCAGUUGCAUCUAGCAGCGAACAGUCCGUUAAAAACCUAUACCAAGAUGGUAAUUCUGGAGAACGAGGAGUUUGGAUCUUUCAACUUGGAAGUUCUUCUAACCACACCAUCCUGCCCGCCAGUGGAAGGGCACUCCACCUUGAUGACUCUGUUCUCAACACCUUUAGCACUGCGACAACUGUGGACCACGGAAAGAGUUAUUUCCUGGAUGUAAUUGAAAAUGGGACAGACCAGGAUGAUGAUUCCCCGGAAGAAGAGCAGAAAGUUGAAAGUGUGGUCAACCAAAGGACAAUUCCACAGCAGAAUCGAGAAGCGCCUCACUUUGUUGAGCCUGGUCCGGUUAUCAUUGCGCGCCCAGUCCAGCAUUUGAUGCAGAAAAUUGUGAUGAAGUGGUCAGAAACAGAUGUGACUGGAAAUGUGUUCUCGUACAACACCGAGAGAGAGCUGACGUGCAGCAACAACCAUCACACCUGCUCGCCUCACGGCUUCUGCAGAGACUACGUGACGGGAUUCUGCUGUCAUUGUAAUUCUGGCUAUUAUGGCAAUGGCAUACAGUGUGUUGCAGAGGGGACUCCACAGCGCGUGAAUGGGAAGGUGAAUGGAAAGAUCUUUGUAGGAGUCAACCCCAUGCCUGUCCAGUUUGAGAACAUCGACCUUCAUUCGUAUGUGGUGGUUAAUGAUGGGCGGUCGUACACGGCUGUCAGUAGAAUCCCAGCCACGGUGGGGUGGGCUAUGUUACCGUUGUCUGCUGUGGGAAGUAUUAUUGGUUGGAUGUUCGCAUUGGAGCAGCCCAACUUUGAAAAUGGAUUCAGUAUUGUUGGUGGUGAAUUCACACGUCAAGCGGAAGUGACUUUUAGCCCUGGUAAUGAGAAGCUGUCUAUCACCCAGCAUUUUAGCGGAAUCGAUGAACAUAACCACCUCACCAUUGCUACGAAACUGGAAGGGCAAGUGCCUGAAAUUCCGCAGGAAUCAACCGUGCAUAUAGAGCCAUAUAGUGAGCUGUACCACUACUCGAGCUCUGUAAUCAGGAGCUCUUCCAAUAUCAAGUACAUCGUAGAGCUUCCUGAUCAGUCCUCGCGGAGCUAUUCCUUCCAGCUGAAGCAGACCAUCACUUUCCAGGGCUGUAUCAAUGACGAUGGCCAGCAGCUGGUGCCUGCCACUCAGCAGCUGUCUGUCGACCGCACUUUCGUCCUUUAUGAUAAAAACGAGCAGAUACUGCGAUACGCCAUGAGUAACAAGAUUGGACCAGUGCAAGAUGAUUCGAGUUCAACGAACCAGAACCCAUGCUAUACCGGAAACCACGGAUGUGACACCAAUGCCAUUUGCCGCCCAAAACAGGGAAAUCAGUUCACUUGUGAAUGUUCUGCUGGUUUCCGCGGUAAUGGCUUAACCUGCUACGAUGUUGAUGAAUGCCGAGAGAACCCCUCAAUUUGUGGAAAUUAUGCCAUUUGUAACAAUCAGCCAGGAACCUAUCGAUGUGAAUGCUUCUCAGGCUAUCAGUUUGCAGACGAUGGCCGAACCUGUGUGGCUAUUCAGCGCCCCGAAAAUCCAUGCCAAGCUGGAACUCACGACUGUGACUCUCCUGAACGGGCUGGUUGCUUCUACACAGGGGGUUCAGACUACACGUGUGUCUGCUUACCAGGGUUCUCUGGAGAUGGAAAAUCUUGUGUCGAUAUUGAUGAAUGCCAACCAAGUCGAUGUCACCCAUAUGCUCAGUGCUUUAAUGUCCCUGGAUCUUUCAGAUGUCAUUGUGCCCCUGGUUAUCAAGGUGAUGGGUUCCAGUGUUCAGCCUCAGGCUCUCAGAAGACAUGUGAGCGUCACAGAGAAAAUGUCCUGAGCACCAUAGCGCCCAGAGGACCAAGACCCUUCGACCAGUAUGUGCCACAGUGCGAUUCACAAGGAAACUACCUGCCAGUCCAAUGUCACCAAACCCAGCACAGCUGUUGGUGUGUAGAUUCAAAUGGUCGUGAAAUUACAGGAACCAGGUCUGGCCCUGGAAUUCGACCCCCAUGUCUCAGCACAGUCACUCCUCCUGUUACAGUUGGGCCCACAGCUCGACCAGAUGUCAUCCCGCUGCCCCCAGGCACACAUCUACUCUUCGCACAAAAUGGGAAGAUAGAUCAUAUCCCGAUAGACGGCUUCAGCCUGAAGCAAAGCGAAGCGAGGACUUUACUCCACAUCCCUGAUAGAGUGGUCAUUGGUGUUGCAUACGACUGCUUAGACAAGAUGGUGUACUGGACAGACAUCGCUGGGCGUGCCAUCAGCCGGGCAAGUCUUCAAGGAGGAGAGCCCACGACCAUCAUCGCAACAGGUCUCGAGAGCCCUGAAGGGAUAGCCAUUGACCACUUAGGCCGCAACAUCUUCUGGACGGACUCCGGGCUGGACAGAAUUGAAGUGGCUAAAAUGGAUGGUGACCAGAGGCGGGUGCUGUUCUCUGAUGAGCUGGUAAACCCACGGGCAAUUGUUGCAGAUCCUGUCCAUGGGAACCUCUACUGGACGGACUGGAACCGAGCAGCUCCCAAGAUUGAGACCUCUUACAUGGAUGGAACAAACAGGCGGGUUCUUGUGAAAGACGAUCUGGGCCUGCCCAACGGACUCACCUACGACCCAUACACUGCAGUGUUGUGUUGGGCUGAUGCAGGGACCCAGAGGUUGGAAUGUAUAAAUCCGGAUCGCAGUGGACGUAGGAGGAUCCUUCAGGGUAUCCGGUACCCCUUCGGAAUUACGAGUUACGGAAGAUACUUGUAUUACACUGAUUGGAAGAGGGACGCUGUUGUAGCCGUGGACCGUAUUAUUGGACGAGAAACUGAUGAAGAAAGGCCAACACGACGGUCCCGAUUGUAUGGAAUCACCACAGCGUACUCACGGUGUCCUCAAGGACAGAACCACUGUGCUGUAAACAACGGAGGUUGCACCCACCUAUGCUUGGCAACCCCUUGGAGCCGGUCGUGCCUCUGCCCCGAUUCUACACUAUCUGUCAGCUGCCUGGAGUCAAACUAAAGGCCGGGUGUUUCAGGGAGACCUCAUUACUGUUAAGAGUCAAACCUCUUCCUCAGAAGGCAAACUCCGCCAUGAAAAAUUAAAAUAUCAUUUUUAAAUUUUGCUAUUUUAAAUUACUUUUUUUAUUUGGAAUUUAAUACACUUAUUAUUAUAAAUUUACAACUGUAAAUAUGUUUUAUUACAGUUCACUAAAUUGUAUUAGAUGUGAUGUUGAGUUCUAACUUAACACACAAAGUGCUGGAGGAACUCAGCUGGUCAGGCAGCGUCUAUGGAGAGAAAUAAAUAGCCAAUGUUUCAGGCUGACACUCUUCAUCAAGACUAAUGAAGGGUCUGUGCUCAAAAUGUCGACUAUUUAUCCCUUUCCAUCAGUGCUGCCUGAUCUGCUGAAUUCGUCCAGCCUUUUGUGUGUGUUACUCUGGAUUUCAGCAUCUGCAGAAUCUCUUAUGUUUAAUUCAAACAUUAUGUUGCUUCACUGUACUGUUACUUUACCAUGAAUGAAGCCAACAUGUCGGGUAUUAUGUUACACUCUGUACAGCUUCUCAAAAUAUAGUAGACAAAAUAAAAUCCAACCUUUUUGUA